CGUGUCGGAGGAGGAGGAGGAAGCAGCGAGCUGCGGGCGAGGCGGGCGCCAGUCCGAACCGCCUCGCUUGCUUUCUCUCCUCCCUCUCGCUCGGCCCAGCCGCCGGCCCAUGGAGUGCAUCGUCCGGCGGGGCCCUUCUCCUCUCAUCCUUUAGCCAGGCAGCGCCUUCCGCCAGGCAGCGGCCGCUGACUCCUCGCUCCUCUCCUCCUCCGCUCGCCGGGCCGCCAUGGGCGACGUGAUCUCGGCGCACCUGGACGAGAACCGCCGCCAGUUAAUCGCAGGGAAGACAGACAAGAUCCUUGCUGAGUUUAGCCAGUUCUACAAGGAGCAAUAUGGCGUGGCCCUCUUUAACAGUGUCCGUUUUGAGAUUGAAGGGGGAACGGGACCCCAGUCCCAACUGUUGCAUCGCAAGGUACCCCUGGAAGACCGGACCAUCUUCUCAGGCAAUCUCUUUCAAUACAUAGAAGAGAACAAGAAGUGGAGGAACCGUUUCAGCAUCGUGCCCCACAACUAUGGGCUGGUGCUGUACGAGAACAAACUGGCCUAUGAAAGGGGUCUUCAACCCCGAAUUCUCAUCAACAGUGCUGGCUACAAGAUCCUCAGCUCCCUGGAACAAUAUCUGGAAUUGGUCAGCAACAACUUAACGGGUUCUACAUCCAAAUCAAGCCAUGCUUCCAUCAUCAAAUGCCCCACCCAGUUCCCCCUCAUCCUUUGGCAUCCUUAUGCCCGACAUUACUACUUCUGUGUGAUGACUGGCAAGGAGCAGGACAAGUGGCGGGCCAUUUUCCAAGAUUGUGUGCGCCACUGCAACAAUGGAAUUCCAGAAGAGUCCAAAGUCGAGGGUCCGGCAUUCACCGACGCUCUGCGUAUCUAUCGCCAGUUCAAGGAGCAGUACGGCACUUGGGACAUGCUUUGUGGCAACGAAGCCCAGAUCUUGAGCAAUCUGGUGAUGGAGGACCUCCUGCCCGAGCUGAAGAAUGUGAUUGUUCCCCGGCUGAAGGGCAAAGACCAGGAGAGGCACAGGGCGUGGAUUCAGAUCUCAGAUGCCGUGUACAGGAUGGUGUAUGACCAGGCAAGAGCCUAUUAUGACUCAUUAGUGACAAAAUGUGAACUUCAGAUUCCUGGAAUGAAGAGCACCAUCCGGACAGAUAUGGAUCAGAUCAUCCAAUCCAAGGAGCAUCUGGCCAACAAAAUCCGAGCCUCUGUCCUCUCCAAAGCUGAGGUCUGUGUCCGGAAUCACGUCCAACCAUACAUUUGUUCCAUCCUGGAAGCCCUGAUGAUCCCCACCAGCCAGGGCUUUGCCGAAGUGCGGGAAGUGUUUUUCAAGGAAGUCACUGACAUGAACAUGAAUAUUGUCAAUGAAGGAGGGAUAGAGAAGCUGGGAGAGUACAUGGGAAAACUUUCCCAGCUAGCUUUUCAUCCUGUCAAGAUGCAGUCCUGCUACGAGAAGAUGGACCAGUUGAAGCUGGAAGGUCUGCAGCAGAGGUUUGAUGUCUCCAGUGCCUCCGUGUUCAAGCAGCGCGCCCAGAUUCUGAUGAGGCAGCAAAUGGAUGACACUGUCUACACUUUUGAGACCCUUCUCCACCAGGAAGUGGAGAAGUCGGUGAGCAAAGAUGAACUCUGCAAGACAAUUCAGCGCAUCCUGGAGCGGGUGCUCAAGAAAUACGAUUAUGACAGCAGCACGGUGAGGAAGAAAUUUUUCCGAGAGGCUCUGCUGCAGGUCACAGUCCCUUUCCUGCUGAAGAAGCUGGCGCCAACUUGCAAAGGGGACCUCUCAAGAUUCCAGGAGCUGAUUUUUGAGGAUUUUGCCCAGUUCAUCAUGGUGGAAAACACAUAUGAAGAGGUGGUCCUGCAGUCCGUCAUAAAAGAUAUCAUGAUGGCGGUGAAAGAGGCAGCUGUACAGCGAAAGCACAAUCUGUACCGUGACAGCAUUGUGAUGCACAACAGUGAUCCCAACCUACACCUGCUUGGUGAGGGGACGCCCAUCAACUGGGGAGAGGAGUAUGGUGGUGAAUCAGACUCAGACCCAUCAGAUGAAAAGCAGCACCGGGCCAAACAAGUGGUCUCUGUGAUCCACACGGAUGAAAGUGCUCUGCCCUAUGAAGUCACUUCCUUGGAAGGGUCUCCAGAUUCUCCAGGACCAGAGGUGUCAGGGUGCUGUCCUCUUCCUCUGACACAGGAUUCCUCUGGCCCUGUGAAGGAACUCCGCACGUUGCUGGUGAAGGAGGUCGAGAUCCCAGCUGUGGAUGGUGAUAAGGCUGAGGAACAGUUACACAAUGGUACUAUUACUGAAGAAAGUGGAGGAACCCCAGAGCGCAGGGAGGAGAAAGAGGAAACUGCCCGAGCAGGGGAUGGCUGUCCCCCAGGAUCCUCCACAGAGCUCAAUGGAGAGAAACAGGAAGCCCCAGCAUCCUCACCAGCUGCUCCCCCACAGUUGCCUUCCCCAGCUACGGAUGGAGGAGUCCAAGGAGAAUGCGCAGAGCCCAGCAAUAAAGAGACAGGCGAGGAGGAGGUGCCUGCCCAAGCCAGCGAGGCAGAAACAGAGCUUCCACUGGAGAAUAGCCAUGGGGUCACAGAUGAAAGCGAAGGGGUGCAGACUGAGUUCUAGACCAGCCCCCUUUGUGAGAGGAAUCCUUGUGACCAGAUAAACACCAAAGGGAGACCAGAGUUGGGGACCCUCUGGGACUGGGGAAGGGCAAAGGCAAGUUGAUCCCAGAGCAUCCUAGGCUGGUUUAGGAACAUCUUUAGCUUUAGAUGCACUCGGUUCUUCUGGAGAAGUUCUGCCUUUGAGGGGGAGGGGAAGGAAGGAAUUGCAGUAGAGGAACCCCAGAACCCCAGAAUUCACAUUCUACAUCUCACUGCCUCUUGGGUGCGGGGUGAUUUUUCUAGUCUUGAAAUGGGGUGUUUUCCCCCACUACUUCUUCUGUCUUUGGCAUACUCAAAGUUGGAUUGUGUUGAUCGGAUGUUACUGAGAAGGGACUUAAUCUUAGAUGCUAACAAAUGCCUGGAGCAUUGGAGCCAAGAGAAGCCAUUGGGUUUCCCCAUCUUGAUCCAGACUGGUACUAAUUUGACUUCUUGACCCAUAAUUUGGCUUGAGGCUUCACCCCUUUGCCUUGUUCCCAUCUUUGAUAGCAGAGGGCUAUUUCUCCUGUAAAGGGGAGGGGGCCAUCUCCUUCCCUCACCAGUUUUCACUGUUAGGAAUGGUUAUCUCUUCCCUGGGCCAAUGCCAAGUUGUUCCAGUCUCAUAUUCCAGAUGAUUUUAGCAAAGCAUCCUAGAGCUGCUGUGGGUGGUGGUGAAAUUGCAUUCUUCCCCCACAUCCAUCCCUGCUCAAAAUUAUGCAGAGAUAGAGCAUCUUGGAUCCAGAGACAAGUAAGUAGAGCUUGCAAACUUUUCAGAAACAAGUGAAUGUGGGCUAGAGGAAGUGGUGUCUGUUUUUGAAGGCUUGGUGGUUUGGGAACAGAGUGGCAAAAGUAAAUGGAUAUGACAAGACGGCUGUAAGGAUUUAAAUUAUUUCAGUGGGGGCUGCUGGCUGAGGACCCUGUGGCUUAAUUGGUCAGUCAAAGAUAUGCCAUGAAAACAAGUAACCAGGAGAUGUAAUGCUAAUAUAGGAUUGUUAAGGGGUUUGCUACCUCAGCCUGCUUGUGCAUCCCUGGCCCAGCUGCAAAGGUUCUCUGCUGAAGGAAUGUUUGUCUUUCUGUUUAUUUCCCCCUUCUCCCCGGGGAAGCAAAGGAGCAGAAUUCUCCUAGAAGCAACCAGCAGAGAUCCUAGGAAAGAUGGCAUGCAUGAGUCUUCAGCUUAGUGGGAAGUUAUCUAGGUUGCAAUUUUUUUUAAAAGCACUUGGUGUGGUGGCAGUGAUGAUUUAUUGGGGACAAAAAUGGAAGAUGGUAUUUCUUUUAGCUUUGGCAGUUGCUGGCAGGUUUAUGUGUAGAAAUUCAGUAGUGUUCAUGUGGCGGUGGUGUAAGAUCACUGGCAUCUUUCCAAUAGGAACUCGUUCCCUGUAAAUUUGGGGACCCCGGUUGUCUGUGUGGCGAGGGCAAAAGUUGGAAAUAAAGGGUGGGAACCGGAAGCGUGGCCUUCAGAAUCCCAUCCUGCCUUUAUAAGCCAAGUAUAUUUUACAUGCCUUUUUUCCCCCUCUCCUUCCUCCUGAAUCUGUGAAAUGGAUUGCAAGUUGGAAAACAUGCUCAGCUUUCAACAGAUAGCACUGGAUUUACAAAAUGCCAAUUCUGAUCCACAUUUAUACACAUACACACACCCCUACUCGCCCAUCCAUCCAUCCAUCCAUCACUGGAGGAGUAAGGGAAUACGGUUGGGCUUUGAUUUUUUACCUCCUUGAAGGUCCAUUUUUUUCUUUUUCUGUUUUAACUUCACCUUCUGUCUUGAGAAUUUCAGACAACCAAAAAGUGGUAGUGAGUCAGAAACUUGGCAACAUCUGAAUGUUUUCUGUUCUGGAGGUGGUGUUGGAUCAUUCCAACUGGAUUUUCCCCAAAGCGCUUCUGCACUGCUGACAGUGAAGGCCGAUUUCUUCACUGUUCUGGGAAAUCCAUGGACCCUUUUCCAGUUAGUGAUGAGGGUUCCUCUCUUAAACAUCCCCAAGUUGACUGGAUUGAUUGAGGAAUGGACCUACAAGAACCCAUUUUUCCAGGGUCUCCUUCCCAAAGAUGGAAAUAAUAUCUAUCCUUGCUACUUUUUCUCCCCAUGCUUGGUUUUCAUGUACAGGAAAUGCAAAAUAUGGGUGCCUUCUGUAUGUGCUUUGCCCUGAGCCAAUUUGCAUCUGCUGGCAGAGGAUUUGCUCUCUUGGAGGUUUCCAUAAUCUCAAGAAAUGAUUGGAACUGAACUUCUAGGAAAAUGUGCCAAUUGGGAAAGGGAGCCCUUUUUAAACUCAUGCAUAUUAUAUUCAGCAGAUUCAGAAAUAGGAAGACUUAUGGGGAAACAGCCCAUAAUCCAAACACCUCAACAGUGCCCGCCUCAUCCCAUCUUGCUGCUGUAACAUUCCAGUUUCAAUGUGCCUGUUUUUUUAAUAUUUGUAGUAAUUCCUCUUUAAAAUAAUUUUGGAGAGAGAGAAUGAGAGAGAGCAAAUUGCUCACUCAGAUUUCUACCAUUUUUUUCCUCUUUUAAUGCCUUAUUGUUGGGAACCAAAGCUUCUUUUCCUUUUGUCUCUCUCUCAAUGAAGAUAGUAUAUUGCAAAUCUUAUACCAAAUGUUUAAGAGAAUGUGCUUAUAUAUUAAUAAAAAAAUUCAGCUUUAUUUAA